AUGAAGAUGAAACGCUACCCUCUCCCGAGAGGAUCUGUGCGGGGUUCAUUAAACUCCCCUCGGGCAGAUCACCUUCGCAAAAUGCGACUGACCUGCAUAGCAGCAUUUAUUACAUCCCUCUAUUACAUCACAGUCUCCGCCAAUGGGAGGGAGGGAGGUCCCGUUUCGGCCACAUGGCUCGCCUCUGACAUCGACAGGCGACACUACGUCCAGUGCGACUGGCUUUCCCAGAGAACAAGUUUCCGUGACAACAUCAACUAA